AAAUAAACUAAAAAUUGGUAAAUCUAGAAUAUUUGUGUGGCUGGCAAUUGUUGUUUAUUCACACAAUUUUCGAGUGGAUGUUUCUCUACAACCUACGUGAGAAUGCAACAAUUAAACCACACCAACAUUAACAAUAACAUCAAAAUGCAGAAGAACCAGCCACCCCAAGGCCAUACCAAUUUCUUCAUCGUAUUUUUCUCCCUCGCUAUUAUCGCUGCCAUCUUUCUCAUUUCAUGUCUCAUUGGCAUCGGUGACACCCCUCUUUUUUGCACCGAAUCCAUCUCCGACGAGAUCCUUCCCACAACCACCACACCCAUGCAACUCGACGCCAUCCUUCACUACGCCACCUCUCCAAGGGUCCCACAACAAUCCCUCCCCGAGAUCACCCUCUCCUUCAACGUCCUCCAAUCCAUUUCCCCUUGUAAUUUCCUUGUUUUCGGCCUAGGCCACGACUCCCUCAUGUGGGCUUCAUUCAACCCAAAUGGCCAUACUUUAUUCCUUGAAGAAGACCCUUUGUGGGUCCGUACCAUCCUCAAAACCGCACCAAAUCUGAAUGCUGCCAUCAUCAACUACCGCACCAAGGUCACCGAUGCUGACGACCUCUUGAGUUCCUAUCAAUCCGAACCCGAAUGUUCUCCAUCCAAAGGCUAUAUUCGGGGGAAUACACAGUGCAAGCUAGCAAUCACGAGUCUACCUGAGGAGGUGUAUGAUAAAGAGUGGGAUAUGAUAAUGAUAGAUGCACCGAGGGGAUAUUAUAACGAGGCGCCCGGGAGAAUGGGGGCGAUUUACUCGGCUGCUGUAAUGGCAAGGAAUAGGAAAAAGCCGGGCGUGACGCAUGUGUUUUUGCAUGACGUGGAUCGGAAGGUGGAGAAAGCUUACGCACAAGAGUUUUUGUGUCGGAAGAAUUUGAAGAAAGCCGUGGGAAGACUGUGGCACUUUGAGAUACCACCGGUGGAGAAUGUCACCCAAAACAAUGCAACGUUUUGCUAGUGUCACAACCAUGGUGACGUUUUUUUGGCCUGGAAACGAGUGUUUGUAUAUGUUUUUUUUUAUAUAAUUUAGAAAGACAAACUGUUCAAUCUGUGUUGUACUAAUUUUGAAAAGGUUAUAUUAGAUAAAACUUACAUAACAAUUUGAAGAAUGUCAUAAGUAACGAAUCCAUCAUCUAACUACUAAUAAGCCCUUUGCGCCACCAUCAGUCUGUUGACAUAGCUGUUGAAAUUUCAUUGAUGAUGCCCAACAUACCUUUUCACUGAUGCAUGCAUGAUGCUAGUACAAGUGUUGACUUUUCUACAGCAGCAAUGUACUUGAGUACAGAAAAAAGAACUUUGUUAGACAGCCG